CAUCGUGUCAUCCCAGCGUGUGGCCCUGCACACCGGGGAGGACAGCUCCAGGCUGACCAUCUACAAUGCUGUGGUGGAGGACGCGGGCAUCUACCGCUGCCAGACCACCGAUGCCCAGGGACAGACACAGGAGGCCACCAUGGUGCUGGAGAUGUACCAGAAGCUGACAUUCCGCGACGUGAGGUCCCCCCAGGAGUUCCGCCACGGCGAGGCGGCAGAGGUGGUGUGUGAUGUCAUCGCCUCGCCGGCACCCGCGGUCUCUUGGUUCUACCAAAAGGGCUUCAAGAGCAUGGAGAUCACAGAGGAGCACUACAGCAGGUUCCAGGUGCUGCCCAACAACAACCUGCAGAUCCACAAGGUGACUAAGGCGGACGAGGGCGUGUACCGCUGCGAGGCGCGAGUGGAGGCCCGCGGCGAGAUCGACUUUGUUGACAUCGAGGUGGUGGUGAAUGUUCCUCCUGUGCUGUCGAUACUACAGCAGUCAUUCAAUGCCACAGCGGACUACCAGGAGUCAGUGACUUUCACCUGCGUCACAUCGGGAUCCCCCGACCCCGAUGUCACCUGGCACAGGAAGGGCCAGAGGUUGGAGAGGUCGGAGCAGUAUGUCCUCAACACCAUGGAGGGAGGCAGGAGUACCCUGACCAUCCGCAACAUCAUCCAAGGGGACGGGGGCGGCUAUACCUGCCGAGCCACCAACAAGGCCGGGGCGGAGGAGAGGGAGCUCUUCCUCAAAGUGUUCGUCCAGCCACACAUCACCCAGCUGCGUAACGUGACAGCGGUAGAGGGCAGCGCCGCCAUGAUCUCCUGCGUGGCCGAGGGUGAGCCGCUGCCUGAGAUCUCCUGGAGGAGAGCCAACGAUGGUCGGGGCUUCACCGACGGAGACAAGAGCCAAGAUGGACGUAUGGAUGUGCGGGGCCGCCAUGGCAAGUCCAUGUUGACCAUCAGUGGGGUGAAGCUGACUGACUUGGGACGUUUUGACUGUGAGGCCCUCAGCAGGAUCGGGGGCCACCAAAAGAGCAUGUUCCUCGAUAUAGAGUACAUGCCCAAGUUCCAGACCAACCAAACCAUCUUUUACUCGUGGGAGGGCAACCCGGUGAACAUCAGCUGUGACGUCAAAUCCAACCCGCCCGCCACCAUGCUAUGGAGGAGAGAACGCCUCACCAUCUCGGCCGAAGGCACUGCCAACACACGUGUCCACACAAUCGACGGCAAGUCCCUGCUAGAGGUCACCCCAGUGUCCGACAGGGAUUUCGGACGCUACAACUGCACGGCACGUAACAACAUCGGAGCGAAAUACCAGGAGUUCAUCUUGGCCCAGGCAGACGUGCCCUCGAACCCGUACUCGGUGCGCUUGUCGGCCGUGUCGCAGCGCAUCGCCACGGUGACAUUCAUGAAACCCGACUCACAUGGCGGUGUACCCAUUGGCCACUACCUGGUCAACUACAAGGAUAUGGGCUCGCAGGACUGGAGAGACGUCAAGUCUCAUGGUGUCCAGACGAUAGUACUGCUGACAGGCCUAGAGCCCAACACCACCUACGAAGUGCGAGUGGCUGCAGUCAAUGGGAAGGGCCAGGGGGAGUUCAGCCAUACGGAGUCCUUCCAGACUCUACCCAUACGUGAGCCCAGCCCCCCGGCAGUGCAUGGCCAGAGAGGGAUGGGGAAGGCCUACCGGCUGGGCCUUGUCAAGCAAGAUGACGGGGGCAUGCCCAUCGUGGAAUACAUUGUCAAGUACAAGACGGACAAGGAGGAGCAGUGGAUGACGAAUCUGGUGUCGGGGCAGCAAGACUUUGCCCUGCUGCAGCCGCUGCAGUGGAACACGCGCUAUGAGGUGGAGAUCACGGCUCGCAACGUCAAGGGCCUCUCGGAGCCCACCUUUUACCAGUUCUUCAUGCCCCAGAAACCAGACAUCAUAGCAGACUCCCUGUUCAGCGGCCUGGGGCUGGGGCCUGUGGUGGGCCUGGGUCUGGUCGUACUCCUCCUGGUCCUCGUGGUGGUGGACGUCAGCUGCUACUUCCUGCGCCAGUGCGGCCUGCUCAUGUGUAUCACGCGCAAGCUCUGCAGCAAGAAGACGGCCACCAGCGGCAAGAGCAAGGAGAUGGAGGAGGGCAAGGCCGCCUACCUGGGCGAUGGGUCCAAGGAUCCUAUCGUUGAGAUGAGAACGGAAGAGGAGAGAAUAACUAACCACGAUGGGAGCCCAGUGCACGAACCCAACGAGACUACACCUCUCACAGAGCCAGAGUAA